UAAAAAUAAAAUAAAAUAAAAUGAGGAAAUUUCAAUUUCAAAUUUCCACUAAAUCCUUCCCCUUUUCCUCUUUCAAUCCCAAAGAUCUUCAUCUUUAGGGCUGCGAUUCCUCUGAUUAAUUAGCGUAAAUCUUCUCCCCUGCACAGAUCCUUGGACCUGGUUUCAUAGUCGCUGCUCAAUGGAGUUUUGAUUGCCGCACGCUUUUCGAGUUGUUUGAUGGAUUCGGAUAACCUCAUAGUCACUGAUGGGCUUGAGACUGCCCAUCAAAAUGGUCUUAAUGAGCAAUAUAUAGUCUCCAAGGAAGAAAAUUUCCUUCCAGAUAAUGCGAAUGGAAAUAUUGAGAAAGCCAUGGUGGACGACACUGACUUACAAAAUGGGAAUCUGGAGAGCAUCUGCACUGGUGAACUGAAGGAGGGAUCAAAUGAAUGUGCACAAAGCAAUGGCUUGACUGUUUCUGUGGAAGGAGAAGUGAAAGGUGCAGAUAACUUGAAGAAAUCCAAACCACAAGACAAGCAUAAGAAUGAGAAGCCCUUGGGUUCAAAGAAUGUCUCGUCAAGUUUGGUGAAGAAAAGCAAAGAUGGAAAAAGUGCUGAGGUGACAUCUACUUCUUCAAAUGGUUCUGUUGCCAGGACUAUGCUUCAAAAACAGCCACUUAAAAGCAAAUCCUUUAAUGAUAGGCAGGCAGCCAAACAAUCUGAAAAGCCAGAUGCCGCUAUGCCUGAAGGCAUGAAGGAGAAGACAGGGCUGAAACCUUUGAGGAAAGCACCCCUUGAUAAAGCUGAGGGAGCUGCACAAUCUUCUCCCACAGCAGAGGAUGCCAAACCACAGAGGGUGGGUGGUCUUCCCAAUUAUGGCUUCAGCUUUAAGUGUGAUGAACGAGCUGAAAAAAGAAGAGAGUUCUAUUCUAAACUUGAGGAAAAGAUUCAUGCUAGAGAACUAGAGCAGAGUAACUUGCAGGCAAAGUCCAAGGAAACUCAAGAAGCUGAAAUUAAGAUGCUCAGGAAGAGUUUGAACUUCAAAGCAACUCCAAUGCCAAGCUUCUAUCAGGAACCUCCACCUCCAAAGGUUGAACUAAAGAAGAUACCAACAACGAGAGCUAAAUCUCCAAAACUGGGUCGGAGGAAAAGCUCAACUCCUGCAGAUUCUGAAAGUAACAUUAGCAAUGGUUGCCCAUCAGGCCGACUAAGUCUUGAUGAGACAACUUGUCUGAGCAACCCUACCAAAGGAAUUUCUCCAGUCCAUUCAAAGAAGCCACAGCGGAAGUCACUUCCCAAACUACCUUCUGAAAGGGUCAGGUUGUCUGGUGCAACUAAGCCAGAAAAGACUCCGUCUAAGACAAAGAAUGGGGCUAAGACCCCCUCCGUUAAGGCAGCCAAUGAAGGAAAGACAAAAUCUGAUUCAACAAAUGAGGAAAACACCACCUUAUCUGGGGUUACAGAUGAAGGAGCAUCAGCUGUCCAAGAGCAGGAACCUGUAGUGUCCACAGCUGAGUCCAGGGUAACUCAUCUGGACGAGGGUCCAGAGAUUGAAGAGCACACUCAGCUGGACUUGAUACCAGAGCCUAUCGAACUGCAACAAUGAGGAAGGUAAUGGUAUGUUGAUUGGAUGCUAAUAUUCAAAGCCCUUGAGUCAUUUUGCAUAAAUAAGGAAGGUGUAAUAGUCAGAUUAGUACAUUGUGAAUUGUGAUGUCAUCUUGUUCAUAGUCAGGCAGCAUUGGUUAUUCCAUGUGCUGCUUGCAAAGAUUGGUCUGCUUUUGGUUUUGAUUCUGCAUCCCUGUUAGCAGCACUGUGUCUUCAUUCGCCAUGUCAUUCUACUUGCGUUUUUAGGAUGGCUCAUUGAAAAUCUUGGAAAAUUUUGAAGUUGUCUCUGCUGUUAGAUAAUCCAUUGUUAAAAAACGAUUUGUUCAAACUUAUUCUGUUGAACAACUGGGCAUUGUGAAUUAAGUUGAUCUUUGAGU